AUGGUUUAUGGUAUAUGUCUUCUAAUAAUAAGCAUCAAUAUCCAUAAAUAUUACUGCAUCUGCUUAAUUUCUGUUUAUUCCCAUGACUGGUUUUGGAUAUUUUCCCAUACCCAAUUGAAGUUCAUGUGGUUACUGUCUUUUUGCAGUUCAAACUAUCCAGUGCCAAAGGAGUCAAAAAUUGGAAAUCCAUGGCCUAUGGUUUUGUCAAAUCCUCCAAUGUGGGCGCAUUGUUUUGUAAUGUUUGGGAUUGGAUGGGUGAACUACACAUUAUUAUCUGAAUUACCAACUUAUAUGGAGAAAAUACUCCACUAUGAUCUGGAUCAAGCUGGUCUUGUGUCAGCAUUGCCCUACCUGUUCGGGUGGAUCAGCUGCAGUAUAUAUGGUUAUCUGACACGCAAAUGUACGCAGAAAGGUGUGCGCAUUAUUACAACAAUGAGGGUGUGGGAUGCAGUAGUUUUUGCCAGUCUUCAGUGUUCCAUUUUGUCUGGGAAGCUGUGUUUAAAGACUCAUUGUGAAGCUUCAGUUUUUGCCUGGUGUCAUAUGUGUAUACUUUUGAUUGAUUUUGUUAGGUCGACAUAUAACAUUUUUCACACGCCUGUUCAGCAGAGAUUUUCCCAGGCACUGGUUUUUUACUGUGGGCCAAAUAUGUCUACCACAAAUUCUAAACAGACUGCUAUAGAAUAA